CAUGAAUCCAUGCAUUUUCUGAGCUGCUUAUCCUCACAAGGGUCACGGGCUUGCUGGAGCCCAUCCCGGGAGGCGGGCUACACCCUGAACUGGUCGGCAGCCAAUCACAGGGCACAGAUGGAAAAAAAACAACAACUUUAGCACUCACAAUCACAGCUUGGGGCAAUUUAGAGUGUCCAAUUAACGCUGCAUGUUUUUGGGAUGUGGGAGGAAACCCGAGUGGCCACCUGGAGAAAAGCCACCCGGGCACAGGGAGAACAUGCAAACUCCACACUGGCGGGGCCGAGAUCGAACCCGGAUCCCCGGCACUGUGAGUCCAACGCUUUCCAUCUGAGACACCGUGCCGCCUGUAAUCUCUGUAUUGUAUGAAAUUUACACGAGCUAAAUGUGAUGGCUCAAUGAACCCACGACAUUAACGUCUUAUUUCAACAUUUCGUCCAAUAAGAGCAACAGUGGAUGUGAAAUAAGAUUUCCGGCUUGUACGUGCUGCGCCGCUGAGUCAGAAGGGGGCAGUCAUGGUCACUUUGCCAACCGUCCACCGAGGAAUUGCGACAAAGGAGAAGAUGUAACCAGCGAAGAAGAAAUAUGGUUUGUUUGGCGGAAGAAAAAAAAAAGUGCAAAAAUGGAGAAAAUGUACAGCAAAGUUGUCCAAGUCACCGUCAGAUGUCGGGAUUGCGACGAAAGAAAUGCGCCCAUCCGCGUCACCGUUGAGCUUCAGGCGAGCAAAAGUGGCGUUCACAGACGUGAUCUUGUGGUGAGAUUGACGGACGACGCCGAUCCGUACUUCCUGUUCAACCUCACCCUUUGCCAAGAGGACUUUCAAAGUUUGAAGGUCCAGCAGGGGCUCCUCAUCGAGUUCUCGUCGUUCCCGGAGAAGCUGAUUGAACUCGUUGAUCAAUGUCAAUCCGAGCAGAGUUCCGACCAUCCCAGCAAAACCAAAAAUGUCUGCAGGUUCCAGCUGCUACUGUCUCGCGAGUCGGCGUCGCCGGAUGGCCCCGCCCACCUGAGCGUGAUGGAGACCAACUCCUUCAAGCACAUCAACCACCUUUCGCUGAGGUUGGUCCCGGGCUCGGACAAGCUGGUCAAAGACUACCUGGCGCUCUGCCUGUCCUCGCUCAAGGCCGAGAAAGAAGCUCUCGAGGUGAAACUGCAGAAAACUCGAGCUGACCUCAGCACGCAGCUCAAUUACGCUCAGCAGGCGCUUUCUGAGAGGAACCAAGAGUUGGAGCGUCUGCGUUCCGAUUGGACGCUCCAGAGCGGCACGCUCACCAGCCGGCACGCCGACGAGUUGCGGUCCGAGCGGGAGAAAGCCACCGAGUUGCAGAACCGCCUGCAGCGGGAGACGCAGCAACUGCGCCAGGACCUGGAGAGCGCUCACCAGCGCGCCAGCCGGCAGAUGCAGAACCGGCUGACGGAACUGGAGACCUCCUGCAGGGAGCUGACCGACAGGAAGUACAAGAACGAGGCCGUCCUCAGGGACCUGGAGUGCAAGCUGGCGGGGGCGGAGGAGGAGUGCCAGCGCGCCAAGCAGCAGGCGGCGACCCUGAGGCGCGAGAACGCCUCUCUGGACGCGGCGCUGCGCGACAAAGAACGCGCGGCCGACCAGCUGCUAACGCGCGUGGCCGUGCUGGAGGAGCGAGUGAAAGAUGAGGAGGCGCUGCUGAGCGGAACCAAGGAAGCGCUGAAGGCCGCGCAGCAGCAGAAGGAAUCCGUUCAGGAGAAAGCUCAGAGCAGAGAGGCUCAGCUGCGGAACCUCGAAGCCCAAGGCAAGAUUUUGUCUGAAGAUGUCAAAAAGGGCAACGAGAUCAUCAUGAAGUUUCAGCGCGAGCUGCAAGUUCAGCUGGACAAGCUGAAGGUUCGAGACCUGGCGCUGCUGGCCCAGGAGAAGGAACUGGAGCGGGCCCGCAAAGAAGCGCGAGACGCUCGCCGGCAGCUCGGCGCCAAGGACCGGCAGAUCGUGGAGCUGAAGGAGAAGCUGGACUCGAGCGUGCGGAAGCUGACUGAAACCAAGGAAGUGUUACAGAAAAACGAGAACGUCAUUGUGUGGCUGAACAAGCAGCUGAACGAGAAGCAACUUGCGGAGAAGAUCGCGGAGCCUCUGGAGAACACGGCGGCGGCGCUGACGCCGGCGGGACCCCGAGCACACUUUUACCCUCACGUGACAAAAGCUGCUGUGACGCCUGACAUCAUUCACAAGUACGGAAUGAACGACUCUGCCGGUCUGGACGCCAAAUACUUUAAGAGGAGAGACGACAGCGUCGCCGUUUACGCUCUUCCGGACGCGCUCGUCCCCCGAGAGCCCCCACCUCAGUACCCCAAAGCGCCUGUGGCGUCAGCGUACUUCACCAAUUAAACACACGCACCUACUUUUUAUUUGCACAUCCCACAGGUUGGCUUGUCUCUUGUUGUUUGUACUUGUCUUGGAUUCUUUAAUAAAUCAACUUCCCGUGGUUGUUAUGGUUCCACUUAUGAUGCCUUUUACUGGGCUCAUCAAGCGAAUGAGCAGCGGGGAUAAACUCAGUCGCAUUGGGAAAAAGCCGUUUUGUCGCUUUUUUAAACUGCGACCGCUCGUUCAGAGUUCGUUGGUCACCUUCGCUGUUGCUGA